CCGAGCAAAUUUUUUAAGCUUUUAAGAAAGCAAAAUGCAAUCAUUUACACCGUUGCUAUCGAUAAGGAUGGAUGUCCUUUUGAAGACCUUCCUUUUGGUAUCUUUGCUGUCUAUGAUAUGCUCCAGCGCAAGUGAACGCCAUGGCUUACCGCCAUGUACGAGAGCCGGACGCUGCUAUACCGUCAAUAGACCUUUUGGACAUUUUAGACAGACGAGGUGUGUCCCCUGCUCAAUGCACGGAUAAAUUGUGAACAUUUAGAUAAAAAAGAAAAAGCCAUAAGGUAAUAUCUGCGAUCUUAGGUUUGUAAAUAUUAUUUAUAUUAAAAAAUGGUUGGACCUUACAAAUAUAGGUGCUUAUUUUUUUAAUUACGGAAUAGAAUAGUAGUUUUUUUAAAUUCUUUUUCUUGGUGGACCACCAAAUUGCUAGAAAAAAUAAGGUCACGCAUUAAAAUUGAGUGCUUUUCACAAAAUUUCGUUAUGCAUUUUAGAGCAAAGCACUUUUGCAAGCUUCUGAAUUUAUCAAUUCAGUUUUUUGUCUUAGCCGAGAUGGUGAAGUUUUUAAUAUUUUCUACGAUGAUUUUCCUAAUCGGUUUUCUUAGUAUUUGUUUUUCCUAUCACUAUAAACGAUGUGGAUAUGGAAUUUGCGUGCCAUCGGAUGUCAAAUGUAGUUCUCCUACGUCUUCGAUUUUCUGUAGUAAACUACAAAAAUGUUGCUUUCUGGGACUAUCGAAAAGGUCCAAACGGAAGAGAAAACACUGAACUUUCGUCGUAUUAUUUAUUUUUAACUUUUUUGUACACAUUUCAACUGAAACGAAUCAAUUUCGAAUGGUGUAAUUUGAAUAUAAGAAAUACAAGGACGUCUUGAAAUCAGUUUCAUUUUCCACGAUGACGACCCAACUGAGUUUCUUUUUGGUCUUAGUUCUUUUCGCUAUUCUUAACUAUGGUGAAGGCUUUCGCCUAAAACGUUGUGACGAUGGGCUUUGUUUACCAAAAUACGUUUCAUGCAAGAAAAAGCCCAGGGAAAUGAAAUGGUCACGGCCCUGAGUAUAAAUGAAAGCGAAACAAGUCAGUCUGCCAAAGUUUUUCUGCAAAUUAAACGAAGAUGAUCGGGGUUUUGAAGGUCUUCCUGAUAGCCGCGCUCCUGUCUCUGAUCCUUGAUCCUACCUAUGGAAAAACUCGAUGCGGUGAUAAAGGCUUGUGUAGACAGAUCUUCAGUCUGUGUCCGUUGAUAUCAGGAAAAUGCCCAGGUGUACAAAAAUGUUGUCGUGUAAAAAAUGUAGUACAAUCUUUAAAUUUAUUGUAGUAGGAAGGAAUAAAACGGAUUAUAAAAUGUAGAAA